GUUUCUCUGUGUGUUUCGAAAUGCUCCGUUCUGUCGCGUGCCGCGCCAUCAGCUCGCUGGCGUCCCGAGCGGCGUAUGCGAUUCGCCCGGCACCAGGCACCGUUGUGGCCCAAGCCGAGCCCUUUCCGAUUGACGUGGUCGCUGGCAAGACUUACUCGUGGUGCACCUGCGGCCACUCCAACAAGCAGCCGCUGUGCGACGGCAUCCACAAAAAGUUCAACGAGCAGCUGCCCGAAGAGCACCGCCGCAAAAGCCUCAAGUUUGUCCCUGCGCAGGCUGAGACGCUGUGGCUUUGCGGAUGCAAGCAGACAGCGACGCCGCCGUACUGUGACGGAUCGCAUGUGAACAUUGAUCCCAAAUUCAUUCCCGCCGGGCCGUGGAAGCCAAAGCCAGUGGAGGCGUCCCCCGCGGCUGUUUCGAGUAGUAGUAGUAGUAGUAGUAGCAGCAACACUGCGAGUGGCAGUCUGGCGCGUAGUAGCGAUGCUGCGGCCACCACUCCGAGCAGUCCGGCCUAAGCGCCGCACAGCAGAUGGUUCGUCUUGCUCCCCCGGGCUCGACGAUCUCUUGCCGUUGCACCGUGUUUGUAAUUGAUUUGUUAUGCUUGUAAAUUCAUUUGUACUUUGAUUUUACCGUAUCAUUGGG